CUGCCUCAGACGGGAUCUGUUACUCACAAAGCAGAGUCCUGCUGCUUUGGGGGUACGAAAGAACAUGGCCUGCAUUUUGAAGCGGAAGGCUAUUAUUCUGGUAGGUACUGUGGCAGUGUUGCUGUUCCUUAUAAUUGUGCGCCUUACAAACGAAGUCAGCUUUCCUCUGAUCCUCAACUGCUUUGGCCAAACCAGUGUCAAAUGGAUGCCAUUCUCCUACACCCAAAGACGACUUCUAAGGACACACUAUGGAUAUAUUAACGUGAGAACCCAAGAGCCUUUACAACUGGACUGUGACACCUGUGCCAUUAUUUCAAACUCAGGACAGAUGGCAGCACAGAAAAUAGGAUUUGAGAUCGACCAGUCUUCAUGUAUAUGGAGGAUGAAUAAUGCUCCUACCAAGGGAUAUGAAGAAGAUGUUGGGAAGAGGACAACAGUCCGAGUAGUCUCCCAUACCAGUGUCCCUCUUCUGCUUAAGAAUCCUGAAUAUUUUUUCAGGGAAACCAACAGUACUGUCUAUGUCAUCUGGGGACCUUUUCGCAACAUGAGAAAAGAUGGCAAUGGGAUUGUAUACAACAUGUUGAGAAAAACGGUGGACAAUUACCCUGGGGCCAAAAUCUAUGUGACCACAGAAAAGCGCAUGAGUUACUGUGAUGAAGUGUUUAAAAGGGAAACAGGGAAAGAUAGAGUGCAGUCAGGAUCCUAUCUCAGCACUGGCUGGUUUACCUUAAUACUGGCUAUGGAUGCUUGCUACAGAAUACAUGUCUAUGGGAUGAUAAAUGACACCUACUGCAAGUCAGAAGGCUUUCGAAAGGUUCCUUAUCACUACUACGAACCAGGAAGAGAUGAAUGUGACGAGUACUUUCUGCAUGAAAAUGCUCCUUAUGGAGGCCAUAGGUUUAUCACAGAAAAGAAAGUAUUUGCUGAGUGGGCUAAGAAGCACACUAUAAUAUUUACACAUCCUAACUGGACAUUGUCUUGAUGUUGGAUCUUCCAGCCUUUCACUAGCAGCUUAGUAU